ACCAUCGCUUUCCCUGACCACUCCACUCCGGCUCCGGCAGCAAGGAAAACGAGCGAGUGGAGCUGACGAAACCGAGCCGCGGACGGAGAGGAGCCCGGACCAGUGACCUCCGUCCACCGCAGAAAAAACACGAGGACCUCGCGCCUCCGCCCGCAGCCACAGUCCAGCAGCUCCAGGCCCGCCUGAGUACCUGACCAGAGAGAGCUAUAUCUACUUCGCCCGCGCCCGCGGAUCCCCUCGCCUCGCGAUCGCCACCACAGACCACACCAACAAUCCCCUCCCUUCUCCCCGGGGCCGGGCUUGUCUUCUUCCUCCCGAUUCGUUUUCUUUUUCUUUUCUUCCGCUGCUGCAAAAUCUCGCGCUGGCGCGGCCCGAGGCCAGAGGACUCCGAUCCUUAUCCCUCACGCAUCUCCCGCCUCGCCUCCGCCACACGUUCCGCGCCUCUACAGCUCUCGACCUCGUCUGGAUUUUUUUCCCCGACCCGAUUUUCGCAUCAGCUCCUUCUGCCCACCGGGCUCGUCUCCUCCCCUGGUUUCUUUUUCGUCACUUGUCACCGCUAGUUCCUUUAGAGAAGGUGUACCCCCAUUAUUCCAUUAGCGGCCUCACUGACGAGAGAGAUUUUGGCGUGACUAUCCAGAGUCUCCAAUCUUUUACACCCAAAACUCUUCUCAGCUACCGGUGCGGCAUAUCGCCCCUGUCGGCGGCGAACAUUUGAGUUCUCGCGACGUGUCUCGAGGAUUCUGUGGUGGAAGAUCGGAUCUUUUGCUGCGGAUUCCAGUUGCCAACCAAGAUGUCGGCUCUCCUCGAUCUACUGAUGGGGAUCUUUCGCCAGCAGACCCUCGGCGGCGCCGCCCUGGAGCUCGCCGCGCUGGCGGCGCCGCUCUCGCUCGCCGCGCUCGUCGGCCUUCUCAUCGGGUGGGCGUGGCGCCCGAGGUGGGCGGGGGUCGUCACGGUCGACAACGCCCAACAGAUGGCGCAGCUCCCCGCGGCGGCGCCUCCUCCGGACCGCGCCACCGCCACCGCGGUGGUCUCUCGCAACGAGGCGGCCGCCGUCGUACCGAGGAUUUGCUGCGCCGGUGUCUGCAGAACUGUGGUGGCUCAUGCGGCGGCCGAGGACGAGCAGCAGCAGCUGGCGGUCAACACCGGUGACUUGCUGCACCUCUGGCGGCUCGUCGACGAGAAGGACGGUGGCCCGUCGUGGAUUCACAUGAUGGACCGCACCUUACCAACCAUGAGGUACCAAGCCUGGCGGAGAGACCCACCGAGUGGUCCACCACAGUACCGCAGCAGCACAAUCUUCGAGGACGCGUCACCGGAGGUUGUGAGAGAUUUCUUCUGGGACGAUGAGUUCCGGAUGAAGAACAGCUGGGACGACAUGCUUCUUCAGCACGAGACGCUGGAGGAGUGCACCGAGACUGGAACCAUGGUGGUCCGGUGGGUCAGGAAGUUCCCGUUCUUCUGCAGCGACAGGGAGUACAUCAUAGGCCGCAGGAUAUGGGCGUCUGGGAAGACAUUUUACUGUGUGACCAAGGGUGUUCCUCGUCCCUCCGUUCCAAGACAAAACAAACCUCGCCGUGUGGACUUGUACUACUCUAGCUGGUGCAUCCGUCCAGUUGAGUCGAGAAAAGGCGACGGUGCAAUGAGUGCAUGCGAGGUGCUCUUGUUCCACCACGAAGACAUGGGGAUUCCAUGGGAGAUCGCGAAGCUUGGCGUCCGGCAGGGGAUGUGGGGCUGCGUCAAGAGGAUAGAGCCUGGCCUUCGGGCGUACCAGGUCGGGAGGACCGCCGGAGAGGCUGUUUCCAAGUGUGCUGCCAUGGCACAGGUCACCACCAGGUUCAGUGCCGACGAGCUCGUCAUCGCAGGGCCGGGCAACACGGAGGCCAGUUCUUCUUCGUCCGGCGACGGCGCAGAGGUUGGCAAGGUGACGAAGCACUGGGCGAACAGCAUACCCAAGGUUCUCAUGGUCGGUGGCGCUGUGGCCCUGGCCUGCUGCACCUUCGACGGUGGGUUGUUGACCAAGGCCGUCAUCUUCGGCACUGCCAGGAGGUUUGCAGGAGGGCCAGGAAGGCGGUAGGUACGGUGUAACGGUGGACGGAAAGAUCCAGCGGCACAACACAAAACAAGUGUUGCUGCACUGCAGCCCGCUGCGGGUUAAUAGGUUAGAAAUAUAGCAUUUGUUACGAGGACACAUAUAGAAGUAUUAUGGAAGAAAACCGCUGUUAGAUAAGAAAUACACUGCUGUGUAUUAGUAGUUAAUAACAAGAAUUCUUGGUUUUUGUAUGUAACCAUAUUGUGGAUCGGAUCCAUUGUUCUUCCCCAUGGACACUACUACUACCAGAUCGAUGUUGACCUUGUGGCAGUUGCUGCAGUUUUUUUUU